AUGUCCAAUGUGACAUAUAUUCUGACCGAGCCCAACACCAUUCAACAGGUUGCUCUGAUUAAAGAAUAUGCAAAUCAUAUCAAGACAAUCCAGGUCGAGCGGGGAGCAAGAUGCGAGUUCGCCUCCGAUUCCAACCCUGAAAUUGAUGAGAACCUAUCGAUUGAUGCGCAUCGACCAUGCAUGGUCAUUACAACCUCCGGGAGCAGCACUGGGCAGCCGAAAUUUGUUGUUGCUCCUCGCCGAACUUUCUUCUACUGUGGCAAGACAGACCCAGACCGCGUAUUUCUGGCCUUCCGUGCUGUUCAUUGGAUGGGCGGCGCAACAGGACUCAUUGCGCGGCUCCUGCGUGGGAUGAGGAUUCACUGGCCGCGGCGCCCGUGGAAGCCAGCUAUGUUUUGGGAGAUUUUCAAGCAGGGUGCCAUUACCGAUGUGUCGUUUUCGUCUCUACUAUUCAAGAGACUAGAGGAAUACUAUUUAGUGAGCAUCCGGGGGCUUCCUGCCGAUGAGCACGACGCAUAUGUAUCGGGGGCGAGAAAGAUCCGGGCCGGCACGAUUAGUGGCUCGACAAUUGACCCGAUGACGGCCCAGUUCUGGAUGGAGCUCACAGGGAUGAAGAUCCGGAACGUUUAUGGGUCGACUGAACUUGGCGGAAUGGCGUUGGCAUCUGAUCUUGAUGCUCCAUACGUCGAUGUUGGUUAUACCUGGAUUAUGGCAUCUCUUACUCCGUAUACUUUACUGACUUGUCCAGAGGUGCAUUGGUAUGCCUGCUACUGGGGUGCAGAUCAAACUAUCAAAUGGAGAUGA